GACGCAUGCGCCUUACGAAUAGUCAUGAUCACGCUUGCCGACGAAUUUGACGAAUGGACGUACGAUGAGGCUGGAGUAUAGUCGCGCAUUCGGGCGUGGUUUUACACGACGUUUAAGACGAUUUCAAGAAAGUCUAAAAGAUUCAGAAGGAAGGAACCAAGAAUCGAAAUAAAAGUACGGUUAACGGCGAGUUUAAAAAUAUGCGUUACUAUAUAACAAAAGACGAUCUUCCUAGCAGCGGAAUACCGAGAAUCGAAUAGAAGGCGUUAGUUAGUUAGCGAGGACGCUGCUGUUCGUCCAGUCAACGGAGCCAUUCGAAAUUAAAUGGCACGUCGGAGAGCAGUGACGUCACGACUUGAACGUCACGUCGCGGGGGCAUUGAAUCCUCGUCACGUUUUAUCGUGAGUUUAUAUCAAAUUUUAUACACACAGAUUAGCUUGUCUAUUGUAAUAUAAUACUGUCAUGAUGUUUCAAAAUUUAAAACGUCGAUUAUUUAGAUCACAAAAUUAUAUUGUUUAUUUGAUUAGGUAGAAGAAAUGUCUUACUUCAGGAAAAAUACAGAUAGAAAGACAUAAAAUGAAAAACUGAACAUUUUUUUUAACGCGGAGAAUAGUGCCAUGCAGACCCGCCUAGAUGGGAAGCUGGCGUUACUUUAUACGUUGUUGGUUUUACAAGUUCUUAUUGUUAUGGUUUAUGUUAUAACAACUCCACCAUCUGAAAUAGUUGUUGCCAGUACACGUAGUUCUGUCAGUUUUGUAAACUUCGAAGAAACUCAGGGUCAUCAUACAGAACGAACAAUACAUAAAAGACUUCCAAAAUAUCAGACAAUCAGCGGUGAGACAUACCUAAAUGAUAUCAGAACUUUUAAAUUAUUUCGAAUAUACAAUCAUACUAUAUGUUGGAAGGAUGGAGUCGAUGAUCGUAAAAUGAGGACUAACGAAAUCUCUGAAAAAUGUAUUUGUAAUCAAGGUUGGCAUGGGAUAGAUUGUGGACAACCCGAAGUCGUUUGGAGAGCAAUCAUGGCAUCUAAACAAAAUAUUAAACUAACACAUCGUAAAAUAGCUAGACGUAUAAUUCAUACUUUUUACCUAAACGAAUAUAAUUCGGCAAUUGCAGAAGUUAUUGUAGAAGAACUAUAUGAUGUAGUUGACCUUUUUGUAAUUUGUGAUUUUAAUGGUGCAGAAGAUAAUUUUCAUCAUAAAUUAUCUAAAGGAUUGUUGCAGCGGGAACAAAAUAAGAUUUUAUAUAUAAAUGCAGCAACAAAAUCUCGCAAACCAUCGAGAGUACUAUCUAAGUACAUAUGGGAGAAAGUAAAGACUGUAGUGCAGAAUUUAAGAGACGAUGAUAUUUAUGUAAUGACUGAGCCAGAGCAAAUAUUAAAUUCUAGAGCAUUGAUGUUCCUUAAAGUAUACGACGGAUGGCCUCAGCCUAUUGGCUUCAGGCUAAGAUGGUUAAUCUAUGGUUUUUAUUGGCAACACCCACUUAAAACAACAAUAACUCUUAACGCAUAUACUAUCGGAUUGAUGCAUGAAGCUUAUAAAUCAAAUUCUAUAAUUCUCCAAAAACAAUUAUUGGAAGAAACAAGCGAAAGAGAUGUUCUUGGCUUAGUUAUUGGAGACUUAAAUCAUUAUGGAGGAUGGUAUUGUUAUCUGUGUCAAGCCCCAGCCAAUAUUAUAAUUAAUCUUCGUACUACAAGAAAGUCUGAAAAAAUGCUCAAAAUUGAAAAAAGGAUCGAUGUACCUUUUAUAGAAGAUCUUAUAGGAAGUGGCUUAUGGAUAGAUGGUAAAACUAACCUCUUAAGAGUCUCUAAAUCUCAUGAUUUGUAUUUUGCUCCUGAAACUGUACUCAAUAAUACGUGGAAAUAUGACUGGCUGAUAGAAAAUUUUUAUGCUAAAUUAGACUAUUAUUGAGACACUGGUCAUACUCUGACUGUGAUAUUACUUCAUACUCAGUACUCGGCAUAUAUUGUAUGAUAUUAUAUACUGAAUUUAUAUACUAAAAUACUAUGUUGAUUAAAAUAUGAAUGUUAAAUGAUUUAUACAUAUAUAACUUAUAAAGAAAUGAAUGGCCUAUGUUCUUACUUUUAAUUAUAGAUCUCCUUUACCUCAGAUUAUAAAUAUUAAUUUAA